GCCGCUAACAGUUGCUUAUCGCCGGCGAGGCAGUAUCCUCGCGAUAGCCGACGUCCAGACGCGUGAAGCAUAGCCUGAGCCCGGAGGAAAUACAAGUCUGGAGGUCUCGCAGAGAGCUCUGAACCGAGGUACCUGGAGUCCGGACAACGCGCAGAGCUCCAGACAGAAGGGAAAUGUUGACCGUGGCACUCACACUGCUGGUGCUCGCGGCCGCUGCCACAGGCUCACCAACUCCUCACUCUGCAGCAGCGCAACAGCUGUUCGACUCCUUCAGUGAACGAGGACCUCGUACUGCAUGGAUCCAGUCCCUUAGCAAGGCUUCUCUGAUCGCGUUACUCACAGAUGCAGGGAUAUCCUGCCAAGAGAGCGACUCCAUAGACAGUCUCCGAAGCGCGGCCCGCUCGUUAGUCAGAAAGGACGAUGAGGCAGUUAGUGAACCGGAGAAGGCACACUUUCUGAAGCAUCAUCUGUGGCGGACACUGGACGGGACGUCCUCAGGCGGGUCGGAUAGCGACCUGAACAUCCCAUCUCUGAAGAUACAGGAGCUGAACAGCAAGCUGCCGGGGGACUUCUCCUCCAGACUGUACGACGAUGUGGCGUCGCGGUACGGUCUUCCGCGCAAAGGGGUGAAGCGCAUGGUGAAGGAGGGCCUUUACUGCAACGGCAACGGCGUCUGCCUCUCGAUAGAGGACAUCGGCUCCAACUGCUGUGACUUCGACAAGGGAUACGACAUGAGCGGGCUGGGGAUGAGUGCAGAGCGCCCGCUCGCCGACCGCCAGCCGGCACCUGCGCCUGCUCGGGUCUCGCUCCUGGCCUGAUGGGGGAGACGCGCGUCGACUGGUUAGCAUGUAGAACGCAGUGACUUCAGAAAUAUACAAAGAUACAAGAAA